GAGAGGGAAGAAGAGAAAGAGAGAGAAAAAGAGAGAGAAAGAGUGAGAGAGGGAGAGAGAGAGUGGGAUCGCACGAGGACACGCACGCAGAAGGAAAGCCCUGGGGGUGGCUGGUGCGCGGGCGCGGCUUUGCGGGUCAGAGUGCGCUGGGUAUAUAACCGGGCGGAUGCCGUCGUCCUUUAGUCUCGCGUUUAUCGUCGUUGCGUCGAUAUCGAUAUCGUCAUUAUCAACGUCGCCGUAGUUACUGUCGUCUUCGUUGUUACGAUUCGCGCGAUCUUAUUUUACAUGUGACGUACGAUGAUAAAAAUGCGCGCGUUUUUUCUUUAUCGGGUAUUUUGUGACGUUCUAUGAGUGGAUUAAAAAUCAAGAGAAAAAAAUUUGUCUUUCAUUCUUAUAUGCCAGUUAUAUUUUUAUAAACGGAUUUCUUUUACGAGUUAUUAAAAUACUAAUGACAGUUUUAAACUGUUGGAUUUCAAAGUUUAAUAUCGAUAAUAAUUAUGAUCAUUGAUCAAUGAUCCUACACGAUCAAUUGAAUUAUAAUAAUAAUGAUGAUAAUUAUAAUAAAAACAACAACCACAACAACCUGUGUUCUCGUUAAUAUGGGUCGAUCAUAGUUGUGUUUUAAUAAAAUGCCGGUGUCCGUGUAAAUCUGUGACACGUAUUUCCUGUGUGCAUGUAUCUUUGAAUAUGUAGAGUAGAAGAGGAGUCACUGGAAGUGCCUCGAGCAGUCUUCCGGGAUCAAAAAGGGUCCGUUCGAGAGAAGAUGCAAUCCUUGUCGAUAAGCGAAACCGGAAAAGUUAUUGCGAUACUCCGUUAGAAAUUCGAUUCGUUCGGUGGUGCGAGGGUUGAGAAAGGGUGACAGAGAAGGAGAAGGAGAAAGACAGGGAGAUGGGAAAGUGGAAGGGUUAGGUAGUGCGCAAGAGUAGCCGCUGAUAAAAAGACAGGAGGGAAAGAAGAAGAGAAGGAAAGAGAAAUAAUAGAACGAAGGAAACGAAGAAAAAAAAAGAGGUGAGAGUUGGAGAGAAAGGAGAAAUUCUUGAUACUGUGUUUCGAGCUAGAUACGAAUGAUUGUCGAUAGAUCUAUAGAAAAUUUGUGACCAAAUGGGAUUUUAUAAGUUAUAACGUUCUCGUUUAUCUUACAAUAAUUUCGCGACUUUCAGGAACGUUCACGAAAAUUUAUGGAAUGAGAUUAGUGUAAUUGAAGGAUUUGUGUUCACCAAAGUUCUCCUUUAAAUUUCUCUCUUCUGGUGGACAUUAGAGAAUGGAUGAAUUGGGAUCUACGAGAUAGUGUUGGAUAGAAUUGUAAUUAAAACGACGUCAUCGUGCAGAGUGAACGAUUCCAUUUCAUUCUUCUCGAAAGGUUGGAAUCUUCCAAUCGAAUCUAUCGUAGCGGAUUUCUGUAAGGUGCUUUAGGAAGAUAUGCAGCUGAUGCUAUUUGGAUUAAAGCGAUCGAAUAACAGGUAUCCAAUUGCAGGAGAGAGAACAAUGAAUCGAUCCUAAUAGUCGAUCGCGCAAAGAGAAAAGGGAUCAAAGAAGCAUUGCAUUUAUUGCGGUGCUUGCCUGUCGAAAGCACGCAAGUGCAAUCGAUUUGGUCAUUGCUUCUUGAUUGGAAAGCAUCCGCAAAUCGACUCGUAUGAUGAAUCGCAAAGACAAAAAGUCAAGCGAUAUACGUUCACUUUAACGAAUUGCUAUGAUGAAUAAAUUCCAGAAAGAACGACCUAUUCCGAUUUGUAAGAUAUUAUGCUUCUAAAAAGAGGGUAUCGUAAAAGAGAGUAGAGUGUUUUACUGGUGGACAUCGGUUUGGCUGUUAAAUAAUGAACUCUUGUAAUCGUUCAUCGAGCUCGCUUCAAAGAAGAACGAACGUUGCCGUCGGCGGUGCAUUGAAAGGUUAAAAUGCUCGACUAUUUUUUGAGGAACAAACAAAGGGCUAACGAAUGAGCUCGUCAUCGUUAAGAAAGCAUUGUCUUCGCGAUGAAGAAACGUCCGAUGGGAAAAGUUCGCGAGAAAAGAUCGACGACAGAGAUUAUCAUAGCAGCGAUAAUCUUUAUGUAGUUUCAUUAAAAUUCUUAGAACGUAUUAAGUAGAAGGUGAUAGAUGUAUUUCAUUUUCUGUUACUGAUAUCGGACAAAUUAAAAUCUUCGAGCCUCAUGAGAUCCAUCGUUUCCGUGAGUCACGCGGAAGAAGGAGCGUGCUGGUCAAAUUCAACGAUCGCGAUCGUUUGGGUGGUCCGGUGAAGUUAUGAGGCGGCGUAACAACGGCUUUACGGCUGGCGGCAAUAAUGUCGCUUUUUGCUGCCAAAACGCGAAAAAAGCUGGAAAUCGUUCUUUUGCUGGUGGUAGUUGCAAUGAAUCGGAGGGCAACGAACCACCGGAAUGGUGCAUUUAUGCGGCUGUUACCCUUGUCGCGAUUGGUUGUUAUCUGAACGCUCUUGGUGGAGAUUUUGUGCACGAUGAUAUCCCAGCUAUUGUAAGGAACAAGGAUGUGAUCGCUCAAACCCCUAUCGCUAACGUUUUAAAGGACGAUUUUUGGGGUACGCCGAUGCAAGAUGUCAAUAGCCACAAGAGUUAUCGUCCACUUACUACUCUUACAUUUCGAUUGAACUAUCUGAUGUCAGGCUUGACGCCAACGUGGUAUCACGCAACGAACGUCGCGUUACACGCCGCGGCAUGCGUUUUAGUGACCAGAGUGAGCUUAACCGUGGCGUCACUUCGUCCUGGAUUCGCGGCAUUGACCGGCUUGUUAUUUGCCGCUCAUCCUAUUCAUACCGAGGCCGUGACUGGCAUCGUCGGGAGAGCGGAUGUUCUCGCCUGCAUCUUUUUCCUACUCUCCUUCCUGGCUUAUCAUGGUCAGCAGACAGCCUAUGUGUGGAGCAGUGUGUGUCUUGGUACUCUGUCAAUGUUGGCUAAGGAAACCGGUGUUACAGUUCUACUCCUAAACCUUCUUUACGACCUUUGUCGUUCCUGGCAUUCAAUCAGGAGAUCUAUUUCCGAAGCUCGAUGGAACGAAGACUCACGACACUUUUCCAGGCGUGCAGCCGCUUUACUAGUUUCCCUCGGGAUACUUUUGGUAGUAAGGCUCGCCCUUCUUCACGGUGCUUUGCCGAAAUUUUCGCCACAGGAUAAUCCUGCAGCUUUUCAUCCCUGUUUCCACGUUAGAUUACUAACGUUCUGUUAUUUGGCGGCACUGAACUGUUGGCUACUCCUAUGCCCUGUGACACUCUCUCAUGAUUGGCAAAUGGGUUCCGUUCCUCUGGUUACAUCUUUAGCUGAUACUAGGAACCUGGCGACGUGUCUCUUUUUUGGCGGCUGCUUAGUUCUCACGUACAAAGCUUUUACGGAUUUUGAGCAACAAAGGCACCCGCCCCUUAUCCUUGGUUGGAUGUUCCUGGUGCUACCGUUCCUACCUGCGUCUAAUCUUUUCUUAACUGUCGGAUUCGUCGUUGCGGAGCGCGUACUGUACAUGCCAAGCGUUGGAUGGACCUUAUUAGUUGUGUAUGGUAUUCAAGUGAUUUGGACAGCUCUACCACGGCGAAGAAGUUUUAUUACAGCUGGGGUGGUCUUGCUUCUUAUUUUAGGAUGCUACAGAACCUUCCUUCGAAACAAUGAUUGGACGUCUCGAGAGACUUUACUUAGAGCUGGUUUGCGGUCUCUGCCUCACAAUGCCAAGAUGCAUUACAACUUCGCCAACUUCCUAAGAGAUACGUCACAACCGAACCGUGCAAUUCUCCAUUACCAGUUAGCCCUCUGGUUAUGGCCAACUUACGCGAGCGCUCACAAUAAUCUUGGGACGUUGACGGUAGGCGAUCAAGCGGAGCAACAUUUUCUGGCUGCAAUCCAUGCCCAACCUGGUCACGUCAAUGCGCACUACAAUUUAGGACAAUUGUACAGGAAGACGAAUAGGACGGAGGAGUGCAUCAAGAUGUUGCAGAAGUGCGUAUCAUUAGAUCCAGCUUAUAUUCCAGCAUACCUCGUCCUCGCGAGAUUAGCAACCGGUCCCGCAACGGGAGUUCUUCUAAGGCACGUCGUUCGUUUGCAACCUCGAAGUCCGGAUCAUCUCGCGGAGUAUGCUACAUGGUUAUAUCAAAACGGAAAAUGGCUACCCUCUCUGAAGUACUAUCUCAAGGGCAUGGAGGUCUCACCAUCGCAUAGAUCGUCGCUCGUAGGUACAGCGAGGAUUCUUAGGUCGAGAGGUCAAUGGCCGAGAGUGCAUCAACUCAUAACCAGAUGGCACCUAAUGUUACGAGCAAAAAGGGGUGGCUUAAUAUAUCGAGGUGAUCUUUAUAUUCGCGCGUGGCAACUUCAGAGUGAAUCUCGUCAAAGAGCUCAUCAACACCAACGAAAUCUUUGUCUAUCGGAGGAGAAUUGCUCAACGCCUCGUGUCGCGAGCGUGUCGGUGCAGUUGGAACAAGACAGCAACAAGUCCGAACAAUUGGAAAGGGCACCUCGUUGCAGUGUACGGACCUGUCGCCAAGCGAGAAAGGGAAAAUCUCGUGUGACAGCACCAGCACUUUUGGUUCAAAAUCUUCUUGAGACACUUUAGUCACGGUUUUUAUUGUCGAACGAAUGUCUUACGAUUGAACGUGAUGCUUCUACGAUACUCGGAAGAAGAAGAAAUGAAAGAAGCGGGAAAAGAAAAAGAAAAAGAAAAAGAAGAGAAGAAUCUUCAGCGCGAGUGUUUAUCCGCUCUCGGUGAACGUUGCGACCCGCGAUUUCGUGAGUGGUAUGAAACUGUUUUAUAGUUGUACGUUAAGAAGAAAGAAAGAAAGAAAGGAAGAAAGAAAGGAAGAAAGAAAGAAAGAAAGAAAGAAAGAAAGAAAAAAAAAAGAAAUAUAGCAAAGAAAACGCGUUUCAACGUCUCUUAUCGUUUUUACGUCUUCUACGUGUUUUAUCUGUGGUGUUUUUUAUCUGUCAAUCAAGAGAGGACACUGGCCCAGACUCUUCGAAUGGAACUUUGUGAGCUUAGACCAAAGGAUGAGAGAUAGGUAAAAAAAAGUCUAAAAGAAGAAAAUAGAGGGAGAAGGAGAGAGAGCGCGUGAAAGGGAAGAGCAGAGAGGGAGAAAGAAAAAAGUUUUUCGUUUUGUGUGAUUAUUUGACAAUACGAUGCUAUACAAAAUUCUUAUAAAGUCCGAAACUGUAAAAUUAAUUUUUAUCAACGAUCCAAAGAGAUCGUGUUGCUACGACGACAAUUAAUCCUUCCGGUAUCUUAGUUGUAAACGCAAGAAACUUCACAAGUUCGCGUUUGGAUGAAACGAGUUCAAUAAUUAUAAUUUAUUAUUUACAUUAUAUAUAAUAAAUAAUUACAAAUUUUAAUAUUUUACUUUUUUCGUUUAUUUUAAUUUAUGAAUUACCAUAUAAAUUCAAACAAAGCAUUUUAUAAAUUUUUUAUAAACUGUUUGUAGUCGAUCGAUCGUAAUACGUCAAACUAAUACUUUCUAUAUAUUACAGCGAUCGACUUUGAGGAUGAGAUUAAGUAUAGAGAGAAAAAAAAAAGAGAAAAAAGAAACGAAAUAGAAAUUAAAUGCAUUUGUAUUUGAUUUCUUUUCUCAACAAAACCUUAUCAAUUCAAUGAGAACAGGAGGAACUUAGCCGCUCUUUCCUAAAGCGAAACUCGUUUCUACGAACAAUAAAGUCGAUCUCCCUCGACGAGAAACGCGAAAAAGGAUCCGCCAAGAGAUAUCACGUAAUUGUAAAUAUCAUUAUCUACUUUCUUCUUUUUUCUUAUUCUCUCUCUUUCUCUCUCUCUCUCUAUUUCUCUUUCUCUCUUUCUUUUUUUUCUUCUUCCUCGGGAAGAAGAAUUCGAAAAGUAUCGGUACCGGAGAUUUAUUUUUCACACGAAAAGUAACGCUAUGCGAGAUGCUUACAAGUCACGCAAAGUAACAUAGUUUCCUUUAUUUCUUUCUCUCUAUCUCUCUCUCUUUCUCUGUUUCGUUCUGAAUCUUUCUUCGUUUCUUUUUCUUUUUUUUUUUAAUUGAUCGUUAUUUUUUCUCUUUUCUCUCCCUCUCUCUCUCUCUCUCUCUCUCUCUCUCUCUCUCUCUCUUUCUCAUACACACACACACACACACACACACACACACACCACUUUCAUUCUUUCUUUACUGACACAAACAUAAAAAAAUUAUAACUUUGUGCACGUAUACUAUACAUACACGGUGCCAAUUUUAGGAUAUAAGGAAUGGUAUCAUUGAUUUAAGGCGUUUCGUACAGCUUUUGUAUGAAAACUAGAUGAAAGACUUGAUAAAAAAAAGAGAAAAAGGAGAAAAAGGAGAAAGGAAAGAAAGACGCGAAAAAAUCUUUUGAGCUUUACACGAAAACGUUUCACUUCGAACAUUUCGUAAAAAAAAUUCUAACGCUUGUAUAUAUAGUAUAUAUAUAUGAUAUACCGCAGAGGCUUUGUAAAUUUUCUUCUUUUGUUUCGUUUUUCGUGAUUCGAAAUAUACACGUCAUACAUUGCUGACGUGUAUUCAUUAAUUUAUUUAUUCGCUAUCAUCAAAAACGUUUGCUUUACAAUAACAAUUUUGCAGAAGACAAUUAUUGAUUUAUAAAAUCUAUUUUUUCUAUGGUUCACGCAUUUCGAUCUCUAAAAAGAUGAUUUCUUUUCUCUCGAGAAAGAUUCGUCGUAUUCGAUUUUCGAAGAUUCGAAUGAUGUUAAAAGGAAUGUUAAAAUGUAUACAUCGAACGUGUUUUAAAAGAUAAAAGUUUUGUUUUUUGUAUAAUUUGUAAAUAAAUCUUUCGAAAAUUACAUUUAACGUAGGAAGACAGUAUACGCCUCGUACGAGGAACAGGAACUCGUUUUACAGUGCGAUCAGAAUUUCACAUACAUAUUUUUAUAAUAUGUUACACAUAGGAAGCUGAAAUGAAGAAAAGAAAUAUACAUAUAUAUAUUAUAUAGGAAAAGAAAUACAAACAUACAUACAUACAUACACACACACACACACACACACACACAACGUAAUUAAUAAAAUAAUAGGAUAGGACAGGAUUAUUUUACGAUACUUUUAAUCUCCAUAUUUAAAUGGCUCUUGGCUUCGGCGGAUAAAAAUAAUGCGCGAAAAGUGCAAUGUAAAAAUUCAUCGUAUGAUAUUAAAAAUCAAUACAAUUAAUACAACCUAAUUCCUUGAAUAUCCCAUGCGAAACGAUAAGACUAAUAUAUGUAUAGUCUUGCGUUACUUUAUGAAAUAUUUGAUGCAGCUCCUCUCCCUUUCAAAAAUGUUAAUCAGUGCUAUUGAUGCGUUUCAACGAAAACUCAUUUAUCCCUGACUCCCGAUAAUAAAGGUUAACGAGGUGAGAUAAUCGAUUUAAUUAAAUUACAAGCUGGCAACUAGAUUUCUUUUUUUUAAAACGGAUAAAAAGGUGUGCAAGAAGAUUGGUCGUAUAUCUAUGCAAUGUGAAAAAAGAAGAAAGGAAAUAGAUAGAUAAAAAGCAAAAGGUGGAUACAAAAAAAAAACAGCAAGAGAAAUCAGAAAGAAAUUACAAAAUCGACUAACGUUUACUUCGAUAAAAUCGAUUCUAUAUGCAUGCAUGUACGUGAGCGAAUAUGAAAGUGUAUAUUAUGUUAAAAA